GUGUAGUGUGCGCUUGGCCUUAGAAUUAAAAAAAAGAAGUAUGCAUAGAGUGGUAUCGCUUUAGUUUUAUUUAUUAGUGUUCGGACAGGCACCAAUCGGUGAAGGUGAUUUCGUUGUGCGGUUACUUAACUUACAAUUUGUUUACAUUUUAUUAUUACUUAUUGUUUGUUAAAUACAAGUUAACAAGAUGACACACGUAGAUGAAAAAGAUGUGAUUGCUAUCAAAGACUGGCUGGCCAAAGACCCUUCUCUACCAAAAAACUUCGAGGACAUCAUGAUAAAGAAGUUCCUGUACAGCUGCAACAGCAGUUUGGAGCGGACCAAGAAAUGUAUCCUCAGCUUCUGCACGAACCGAACUACAAUGCCUGAGGUUUACACCAAUAGGGAUCCACUGUCGCCUAAAAUCCAAACAGCGUUUAAUAUCACCUCCGUCGCUACAUAUGUGGCCGGCAAAGACGAGAUCCUGAUUCAUCGGUUAGAAAAAACGGAAAAUUUCGAUUUCUACGACUGUGUCAAGUCCUUCACUCUACAGUCUGAUCAGUGGAUGCUGUUAGAAAGAGAUUCAUUGCCUGAGAACCACAUCGUCAUUUUAGAUAUUAAGGAGUUCACCCUGAUGCUCAUCGCUAAGUCCAACGUGUUUUUCUUCCAGAAGUUUAUUCUAUAUUUACUAGAUGCCAUGCCAGUGCACUUGACGCAGGUCCACGUGGUGAACUGCCCAUCAUUCUACGAGUACAUGUAUGGUUUGAUCAAGGGUGCAUUACCACAGAAUAUUAGAGAUAUUAUUCAUUUCCAUACGGACCACAUGGGUCUGCACCAGCAUAUAGACAAGAAGUAUCUGCCCAUAGAAUACGAUGGCGAAGCGGAAAGUUUAGUGGAGCAGAGUCAAUUUUGGAUCAAAGAAAUUUACGAAAAAAGGACAUUCUACAUGAACGACGAUCUAUGGAAGGCUGAUGUAAACAAAAAAGUUAAUAAAAAGGCAGCAGCAGUUGAUACCACUAUGAGUGGGUCUUUCAGAACUUUGGCUAUAGAUUAAUAGAUUUAAUUUUCGUUACAUUUUUAAAAAUGUUUAGGUCCAAUGAUUUUAUUUUAAGGUUAAACUUUAAGUGUUUAGUUUUAAGUGUGGCUAAGCGAAGUUAGUAUUAUUGAUUAUGAUGUUUCCUAUGUAAAUUAAUUAUUGUUUUAUCGGCUUAAUCACGUAACGUUUUGACGAGGAACUUGACUAGUUUUCCUACGUAUGAGCAAAAAUAAAACUGUAAGGUACUUGUGUUGUGAGUUAUGAAUGUGUUUCAGAUCUCCACUUUUAAUGUUAAACUGUACUUACUUUAAAUUAAACUUUCACUUUCUA